UUUAUACUUUGACUUUUGUUUUAUUUUAAUUUUUUAAUACAGUCAUGUGUUUGUUUCUUCUUUUUCUUCUAUUUCAAAAUCAGCUUACUAUUCUCCAUGGUAAUGAAGAUGAUGUUAGACUUUUUUUUCUUAAUGCAAUGAGUUGUGCUCAGAACAUUUUAAGAGAAACUGAAGGUGUAGGAGUGUUUGGAGAUGACAGUACAAUUAUAGAUAGAUUAAUGAAUGAGCUUCAAGGAUAUACACGAACAGUCUCAGUUUUUCUCUCAGUAUCCCAGGAAUUUGAAGAUGGUGCUCCUCAACAAGUUUUAGACAUUCUGGAAGGACUUUAUGUGUGUCUUCGUUCAGUUUUGAAUUCAUAUGAACAUUCAAGAUCUGUGCAAAUGAGACAAGGGAACCUUAUUUUUUCAAGAAUGCCACCAACUUUAAGAACUGGUCAUUCUGGUCGUCCCAGGUACGACAUACAAUGUGGUCAAAUAACAUACUGUUUAUCCUUGGGAAUGAAUUGGGAAAGAAUCGCUGCAUGCUUUGGAAUAAGCAGAAGAACAUUGUACAGGCACAGACAGCAACUUCAAAUUGGCCCAAUAACAUACACAGAAAUAUGUGAUGAGUUGUUAGCUGGUACUGUCAGGGAGAUUCUUCAAACUACUCCAAAUGCAGGAGAACGAUAUGUAAUAGGAAGCCUACGAUCACGAAACAUUAGAAUUCAGCGAUGGCGUGUGAGACGUUGCCUACAACUUCUUGACCCAAUUGGUCGAGCUUUUCGACGUCGCCACACAAUUCGUCGAAGGAUCUACAAUGUGCAAACUCCAAAUCAAUUAUGGCACAUUGAUGGAAACCAUAAACUGGUGAGAUGGAGAAUGGUUUUUCAUGGAUGCAUUGAUGGUUUCAGUCGGGCAAUUAUAUACUUGCAAUGUCUUGACAACAACCGAGCCUCCAGUGUGCUACAAUUAUUCCAUGCUGGUGUCCAGAGUUUUGGACUACCCCGAAGAAUUCGAUGUGAUCAUGGGAUGGAGAACACAGAUGUUGCUCGGUAUAUGAUUCAGAGAAGGGGAUUGAACAGUGGGAGUGUCAUUACUGGACGCAGUGUCCACAAUCAGCGGAUAGAACGCCUGUGGGCUGAGCUGAACAGAGUUGUUGCAUACCACUUCAGCAAUCUCUUCACCUUCAUGGAAAAUGAAGGAAUACUUGAUUCCACAGAUGAACUUCAUCUGUUUUGUCUCCACUUCAUCUACUUGCCAAGAGUUCAAAGAGCAACUGCAGAGUUCCGGAAUCAAUGGAAUAACCAUGGCUUAUCUACCCAAAGGGGACAAACACCUCUCCAACUGUGGCAGGGAGGAGUUCUUACAAGUGGCUUCUCAGAGGCAAUUCGAGACAUUUUUUCUGUGAAUGACACCAUAGAAAUGAAUGACACAAUGGAAAUGAAUGAAAUCCCCUCACUUUCAGAAACACAAAACAACAUUGUCGUUCCUGUGAACAUGUUUAAUGUUAAUUCAACACUAAUGAACACAAUUCACCACAAUAUUGACCCAUUAAGAGAGGACGGCAAUCAUGGUAUUGAACUGUUUUUAGAUUUGUUAAAUUUCUUGAAAGAACAGUAACAUACAUUGGUUAUGACAAAGUCAAAGAGUUGAAAUGUUAGAUGUGUGUUACAAAAAGAAAAACAUUUCCUUGUGUUAUUAUUAACGUUGUGUUGUGAAAUAUAUUUAGAACUGCUCCAUUAUUGGAAUUGUAUUUGUUAAACGUUCUGGAAACAUUGUUACAUUGAAAUAAAAAAUGUUUACAAACAUU